AUCUACACUCGAGCGCUGCUUAGUCAAAAGUUUCCCUGGUCUACUUCGCCCCAGGUCUUCAAUUUUCUCCGCGACCCAUCCCUCUCCUGCACCAAUACAAGCUCCCUUAGUCCGCACAUUACCCCUCCACAAACAUGUCCUGGCAAGCAUACGUUGAUCAGAGCCUCGUCGGCACUGGCAACAUCGACAAGGCCCUCAUCUGCGAUGUCAACGGCCAAACCACCUGGGCCUCGUCUCCAGACUUCUCCCUCACUGCCGCUGAGAUGAGCGCCAUCGCCGCCUCCUUCAACGACAAGAGCGAGACCAAGGCCGUCAUCGCAAACGGCGUCAAGGUCAAUGGCGACAAGUACAUGACCAUCGAGUCGACCGACGACUCGCUGAAGGCAAAGAAGGGCAAGGAAGGCAUCGUCGCCUACAAGACCACACAAGCCCUCCUCAUCGCCCACCACCCCGACUCCAUCCAAACGCCCAACGCCUUCAACUCAGUCGUUGAGCUCGGCGAGUACCUCAAGAAGGUCGGCUACUAAACCGAGUUGGAUCGAUGUGUUUGUACUUUAUGGAUUUGCAUAACCUCACGACGAGGCAGCGGCGGUCGGCAUAGCUUGGUAUGGAGCGAGUGCUUCGCUUGGUGUGGAUGGAUAUGAGCAAUGAGGAACGACAUAGCGAUAUCGGAGGAUCCUCUUCGAAUCAAUGAAUGCAUCAACACCUA